AUGGGAACCCGCCGAUUAGGAGUAUCUGUUUCAGUCUUGAACGGUUGUUUAUACGCCGUAGGAGGAUCGGAUGGACAGUCGCCGCUUAACACAGUGGAAAGGUCAGUUGCGAGAUUUUGAAU